AUGGGCAAAAGAAAAGAGUCCAACCGUUUCAAUGUACUGGAACUUGUUCGCUCCUUAUUUUGUUUCCUCCAUGAGCGGACAGAGUGGAUAGAGAGUGAAAGUCUUGAUGAGAGCCUCACUAAUAGUCCACAGUGUGACGAAAAGAAGCCGGCAUGCAUCAAAUGCACCAAUCAUUCCAUCGAGUGUGACUUUUCGUCAGAAGCAGCCAGUUCCUCAGAUUCGCCUUCUUCGGAAACAGCCGCACAUGUAUCCUCAACUGCGCGCUUCCGAUUCAAGCCUUCAAAAUACCAAUCUGAGAAACGCACAUCCCUGGAUGAGACAGCCCAGAUAUCCCAAGAGGAAGUCUCCGCCACUGCUGAACCAAAUAUCCCUGUUCUAUUACCGCAGAGUCGAGAUACUAUAUCCUUUGAAGAUUUGGAACUCUUUCACCACUUCGUCACAGAAACACACCGCACACUGGUCGAUGAAGCAACCGACCGCCACCGGAUUUGGCAGACGCACCUUCCAAAAUGGGGCUUCUCUUCACCGUCAAUCUUCCACCUCAUUCUGACAAUGGCAGCCUUACACAAGGGCCAUCUAUAUCCAGAAAUCCGAGAACAGUAUGUGAUGCAGGCAGAUUCCCAUUUCACAUUUGGAAUCCGAUCCGUGUCAGCAAUCCUGUCAAGUCUCGACUCGGAUAACUGUCAGUUGAUAUACAUGUCAGCAGUGCUGAUAUGCCUUGUGUACUUUGCACACGGUCCAAGGACCGGUGAAUAUCUCGUUUUCAGUGAGACGGGAAAGGCCGAGUGGCUUGUUCUCAUGAGAGGCGUGCGAUCGAUCUUGACGUCUAAUCGCGAGAAGAUAUUUACCGGUGUUUUGGAAAUUCAGAUUGAUCCGACGGUUCAGGGUGUCAGCCCAUUGUUGCAAACCGAGCUGCGGGAACAUCAGUUCCGCAUUGAAGAAGUUCGACGCUUUAUCGAAAUGAAGCUUGGCGAGGGCUCCUGCGGGAUAUAUUUAGGUGCUCUUGACAACUUGAUGGAGAUGUUUGAGGAGUCGUACCAGACACUAAGUGCUGGGAAGGAUGGUAUCUGCUUGAUGUCCUUUGUGGUCGGAUGGAUAUACAGGCUACCUGAGGAGUUUGUUGGGUUGCUUGAAGAGAAGGAUCCAAUUUCGUUGAUAAUACUUGCUUAUUGGUGUGUGCUGUUGAAAUUCAUGAAAUCCUCGUGGCUUAUGAUCGGUUGGGAUCGGCAUGUCCUUGGAGGAAUCCAGGCUUCUUUGAGUGAGGAUCUCCACCGGUGGAUCGAGUGGCCUGUGAGAGUAAUCUGUGGUUGA